CGCCGCUGCUGCUUCUGCUGCUGCUGCUCGACGGAGCCUGGUAGGGACCGUGCGCUCGGCGGCUGCGUGGCUUGCGGGGGAGACUGCGGUCGUCACCGAUCCGCUGCCGGAGCCUCUCCUCGUAGCGGAGGAAUAAAUUAGCCAAGAUGAUGUGCGAGGUGAUGCCCACCAUCAGCGAGGACACGGCGCUGAGCCAGCGCGGCUCUCAGAGCAGCUCCUCGGACCCCGACUCCCACUUCGAGCAGCUGAUGGUCAACAUGCUGGACGAGCGGGACCGGCUGCUGGACACGCUGAGGGAAACCCAGGAGAGCCUCGGACUGUCCCAGCAGCAUCUGCAGGACGUCGUCUACGACCGCGACUCGCUGCAGCGCCAGCUCAGCUCCGCCCUGCCACAGGAGUUUGCUGCGCUGACCAAGGAGCUGAACGCCUGCAGGGAGAACCUGCUGGAGAAGGAGGAGGAGAUCUCUGAGCUCAAAGCGGAGAGGAACAACACCAGGCUCCUGCUGGAACAUCUGGAAUGUCUGGUGUCCAGACACGAGCGGUCGCUUCGCAUGACGGUGGUCAAGCGUCAGGCUCAGUCUCCCUCGGGAGUUUCCAGCGAGGUCGAGGUCCUCAAAGCUCUCAAGUCCCUGUUUGAACACCACAAAGCCCUCGAUGAGAAGGUCAGGGAGAGACUACGGGUGUCACUGGAGAGGGUGUCCGCCUUGGAGGAGGAGCUUACAGCAGCCAAUCAGGAGAUUGUGGCCUUACGGGAACAGAAUGCUCACAUCCAGAGGAAAGUGGCGUCCGGAGACGGAGGAGACGACCUCCUCGAGGGAAGCGACGCUCAGCAGAAAGUCCACAGCAAGCGCCUGUCCAACGGCUCCCUGGAGUCGGCCCACGAGGCGAGUCAGGUGGUGGAGCUGCAGGACCUGCUGGAGAAGCAGAACUACGAGCUGGCCCAGAUGAAGGAGCGCAUGUCCUCGCUCUCCUCGCGGGUCUCCGAGGUGGAGCAGGAGCUGGAGACCGCCCGCAAGGACCUCAUCAAGUCGGAGGAGAUGAACAUCAAGUACCAGAGGGACAUCAAAGAGGCCAUGUGUCAAAAGGAGGACAUGGAGGAGCGGAUCGUCACGCUGGAGAAACGCUACCUGAGCGCCCAGCGCGAGUCGACCUCGGUGCACGACAUCAACGACAAACUGGAGAACGAGUUGGCCAACAAGGAGGCGUUCCUCAGACAGAUGGAGGAGAAGAACCGGCAGCUCCAGGAGAGGUUGGAGCUGGCGGAGCAGAAGCUCCAGCAGACCAUGAGGAAGGCCGAGACGCUGCCGGAGGUCGAGGCUGAACUGGCCCAGCGGAUAGCGGCCCUCACAAAGGCGGAGGAGCGUCACGGGAGCAUCGAGGAGCGCAUGAGGCACUUGGAAUGCCAGCUGGAGGAGAAGAACCAGGAGCUGCUGAGGGCUCGACAGAGAGAGAAGAUGAACGAGGAGCACAACAAGCGGCUGUCGGACACGGUGGACCGACUCCUCACCGAGUCCAACGAGCGGCUGCAGCUUCACCUCAAGGAGAGGAUGGCAGCUCUGGAGGAGAAGAACGUGCUGAUCCAGGACUCUGAAGGUUACAGGAAACAGUACGAGGACUCCAUCCACGAAAAAACGCAUCUGGCAGAGGAGAUUGAGAAACUGAGAUCGGAGAUCGACCAGUUCAGACUGAGGACAGGUUCCCUCACAGACCCCACCCUGUCAAGGUCUCAUCUGGACACGUCCACCGAGCUUCGAUUCUCUCUGGGAUCUCUGGCUGAAACCCAGUCGGACCACUACCGCUCGGCCAAGGUCAUCCGCCGGCCGAGGAGAGGUCGGCUGGGUCUGCGUGAAACCAAGGCCAAAUCUCUGGGCGAGCACGAGUGGCGCUCACAGCAGCUCGGCGUCCUGGGCGGUCACCACUUCGAGAGCGACACCGAGAUGUCGGACAUCGACGACGACGACAGGGAAACGAUGUUCAGCUCCAUGGACAUGCUCUCGCCCAGCGGCCACUCCGACGCACAAACUCUGGCCAUGAUGCUGCAGGAGCAGCUGGACGCCAUCAACAAGGAGAUUCGGCUGAUCCAGGAGGAGAAGGAGUCCACGGAGCUGCGGGCGGAGGAGAUCGAGAACCGCGUGGCCAGCGUCAGCCUGGAGGGGCUCAACCUGGCCCGAAUGCACCAAUACGGAGCCUCCAUCACUGCCUCGGCCACUGCCUCCUCCCUGGCCUCCUCCUCCCCACCCAGCGGACACUCCACCCCCAAACUCGACCCCCGGAGUCCUGCUCGGGACAUGGAGCGGAUGGGGGUCAUGACACUGCCCAGUGAUCUGAGGAAACACAGGAGAAAGAUUGCAGCGGUGGACGAGGACGGCCACGAGGACAAGGCCACCAUCAAGUGUGAGACAUCCCCCCCUCCAACGCCACGCACAGUCCGAAUGACACACACACUGCCAGCCUCCUCGCACAAUGACGCACGAGGGAUCGUGGCCUCCCUGGAGGCUGAGGCCAGCGCCCUGAGCAGCGUCGCCAGCAGCCAAGACUCCCUCCACAAGCAGCCGAAGAAGAAGGGCAUCAAGUCGUCCAUCGGGCGGCUGUUCGGCAAGAAGGAGAAAGGCCGAAUGGCUCACAUGGCACACAGACAUGUCAUGGUGGAUCCACAUGCAACCAUGAUGGACCCGGACAUGGCCGGCCAGGACCUGGGCCUGGGGAAGCUGGGGACUCAGGCCGAGAAGGACCGCAGGAUGAAAAAGAACGGACACGAGCUAUUGGAGGAGGCCAGGAGGAAGGGUUUACCUUUCGCCCAAUGGGACGGCCCCACUGUCGUCGCCUGGCUGGAGCUGUGGUUGGGGAUGCCGGCGUGGUACGUGGCGGCGUGCCGGGCCAACGUGAAGAGCGGCGCCAUCAUGUCGGCGCUCUCCGACACCGAGAUCCAGAGGGAGAUCGGCAUCAGCAACCCGCUGCACCGGCUCAAACUCCGCCUGGCCAUCCAGGAAAUGGUCUCCCUCACCAGCCCCUCAGCCCCGCCCACUUCGAGAACCGCGUCAGGCAAUGUAUGGCUGACCCAUGAGGAGAUGGAGACCAUGGCAGCCCCUUCCAAAACGAAAUCAGACUCUGAGGAGGGGAGCUGGGCACAGACUCUGGCUUAUGGCGACAUGAACCAUGAGUGGAUAGGGAACGAGUGGCUGCCCAGUCUCGGACUACCUCAGUACCGCAGCUACUUCAUGGAGUGCCUGGUGGACGCCCGCAUGCUGGACCACCUCACCAAGAAGGACCUGAGGGUGCACCUCAAAAUGGUGGACAGCUUCCACAGAACAAGUUUACAGUACGGAAUCAUGGGUCUGAAGAAGCUCAACUACGACAGGAAGGAGCUGGAGAGACGCCGGGAGCACAGCCAGCACGAGAUGAGAGACGUGCUGGUGUGGAGCAACGAGCGAGUGAUCCGCUGGGUGCAGAGCAUCGGCCUGAGGGACUAUGCCAACAUCCUGCUGGAGAGCGGCGUGCACGGAGCCCUGGUCGCCCUGGACGACAACUUUGACUACACCAGCCUGGCCCUGCUCCUCCAGAUCCCCAAUCAAAACACUCAGGCACGUCAGAUUCUGGAGCGAGAGUACAAUAAUCUGUUGGCCCUGGGCACCGACCGGAGGCUGGACGAGUGUGACGACAAAGAUUUCCGCGGUCCCUCGUGGAGGCGACAGUUCCCGCACAGAGACGUCCACGGUAUCAGUAUGAUGCCCGGAUCAGCGGAGACGCUCCCUGCUGGCUUCCGUCUCACCACGUCUGCUCAUUCUCGGAGGCUGCCCCCUGAGGUCCUCUAUGAGGCGCUGGACGACAGUCCUGACGACAUGUAUUUGGACUGGUAUCAAGGUCAGAUAUGUCCCAAUGAAGGUUCCGGGCUUGUUCGCCCAGUUGCGUGUAUUAUUAAUAUUCUACAUAUAAUCCCUCCUCCUCUCAUGGUCUCUGCCAACCACUGUCCUGCUGUGUCUUUAAUUCUCUUCCUGGUCUCUCACCCUCAUCUUUCUUCUCUUACCCGUCUACUUCAAUCUCUCUUCUAUCCAACUCCAAGGGUGUUGUCUUGCAGAGUUGCUAAAAAAAGUUGUUGUCUAGUCCCUCCCCUGGUGGUGAAAGCUAGUGAGUCAAGUUAUGGAUUACGACCCAUGCUUGCUGCUGUAACCCUUGAAGUUACAGAAAUUGAGCAGCAAAACAAACGGUGGCUGAGCGGCGCUAUGUAAGUUGGCCUGAAUCAGGAGGUUUACAUAGGCGACGUCUUGGAUGUUUCAAGAACUCAAACGGAGCGUUUGUGUCGUUUCCUUGUUCCCCUGAUGUUAAGAGGACACUGGCUGAAAGGGGCUUGGAAUAAAGGAUCAUUUUUAGAUUAUUACAACUAAGUUCAUUCUUCCAGUUGUUUUUUUGUUCUGGGAGCACAGCAACAUUAUUUUUAACAGACAGAGCAAGAAACACGAGCAGUCAGACUGGAGGUAAGACUGGAAGUCGAGCGUUAACACGUACGUGCUCUGUUAGUUUGUUCUUCCAUUUAAUUUGUCAACGCAGUUUAAAACCUGUAUCUUUGUCCGACUGCUUCUUUAUUUUAACGUCAAGAAUAAAACGUCAAACUCAAGACAGAAGUUGUAAUAAACUGGAAAUAACCUUUAAACGGAUGCAGAGUGUAUUAGCAACUGUGUCUUUACUAAUUUACUCCACACAAGUUGUGAUACAUGAAUAUAGAUCAUCCAGCAGUUCUGAUUUGGGCCAGUGUUCUUCUCUAACAAGGUGUCCCCCCGUCUCUAUUCUCUGUGCCCCCUGGUCUGUGAUGUCCACAACUACACUAAAACCGUGUCGCUGGUGGUGUCCACUCAAAACUAAAACCUCCUUUGAGUGUGUGAUGCCUGGUUUUCUCUGCUGAAGGUUGUUUCUAUAUGAAUAAUCUCUGUUGUGUGGAAGAAGUGUUCUGUGUGUGAUCUCACUCGUUCUGUGGAGGAUUGUCUCCUC